AUGCGAAAGGCGCAGUCUGCAGUGUUGAGCGCCGCCGAUGAUGAAGUGGUGCAGCUCCGCGCGCUCUGGAGAAGAUACGAGCAUCACUGCACGCGGACUAACAGCUGUCCCAGUGCAGUGCUCAGACAGGACAUCCUUCACCAAAUCGACAGACAGGAGCCUCUCAAAAAGAUAAUGCUGUCAUUUCCAGAUUGUGGGCCUUCAGACACUGUUCUCCCCAGCCUUCAGCCUCUGUUAAUGGCUAUACGAGAUGAGCGUUACACACAUGCACAAGAAUUCCACAUCUGGAGUCUGUCUCUCAAGCAAAAAGAUAUAGUUGAGCUGUGUCUUCUUUUGGAGAAGAGGGGGAGGACAGUUUAUCCCUUCAAAUCACUGGAGCUACUUGAUUGCAAACUAACUGAAGGGUCUCUGGAAAAACUGGGCAAGGCUGCAGGCAUCAGCUACCUCACCACUCUCUGCCUGGACUACACACACGUGGAACCGGAAGGGUUGAAAGGUUUGCUGAGUGGAGGUUUGGGGGCCAGUCGAAUAUCCUCCCUGAGUUUGUGUUAUUGUGGUUUGGGUUCAUGGAGCGGAACUCUGCUAGCUUCACUCCUCACCAACAGUUCCGUGAGAGAGCUCUACCUCAAUGGCAAUGAGCUGCAGUGUGGGGGUGCCAUUGAGCUGCUGAAACCUGUGGCUGAAAACAGCCAAAAACUGGCAGAGAUCCAAAACAGGACCACAUCCAUCACAGAUGAAACAGAGUUGAUCUCCCAAAGGACCAAUACCAAAUCUUCCAGACAAAAGAAAGCAAAGAGCAAAGGUACCACUAAUUUUCCAAACUACUGA